AUGGAUGAAGAAGACCCUCUUGCCAAUUUCGCCUUCGCAGACGUCUCCUCCGAUGAGGCCGACGAGGUAGACACAAAGUCCCGUCGAACAGGUCAAUCAGAGGAGGCCUGGCGAGUCAUCCAGAAGGGGUAUGAGGCCAAGGUCGAGAACGGCAAUAUAUACCAGAAAAUCAAGUUGCCGCUAGGUCCAGGAGCCUCCAAAAUGGAUAUCCAAGAGGUCAUUCAUGCCGUUGAAGAACAUUACUUCUUCCGUCGUUAUAAGGAGGCUGAAGAACUGGCAAAAGAAAUCCUGAGCACAAGCACUGGCCUGGAUAAAGACUCACAACAAUUAUUGCAAGAAUACCAAGACAAAAGUCAUCAAAAGAAUAAAACUCCUUAA